AUGAUCAAACCAUGGUAUGUUCUAUUAUUCUUGAUAGUAAGAACAUCUACUGUUGAAUUUCCGCCGCUGAACCUGUACAUUGGUACCGGAGGUUUUGGAUAUGGUGCAGGAAGCUUACCCCUUGGUGCGCAAAGUCCAUAUGGUGCACUUCGUGUAAGUCCCGAUACAAGUGAUACACUUGAUAUUCCAAUAAAAUUCGAACAUUAUGCCGGUUAUCAUUAUUCUGAUACACAUAUCAAUGUUUUCUCACACACGCAUACAUUCGGUGCCGGCCUUCAAGAUUAUGGCGAAGUUGGCAUUUUUCCAGUUCAAAUCGAUGAUGAUCACCAUUUGCAACGUUUAAUUUCAAGUCGAAAUGGCUACCGAAGUGAAUUUAAACAUGAACAUGAACGAGCUGAGCCUGGUUUUUAUCAAGUCUAUCUCGAUACGCAUAACAUCAAUGUUGAAUUAACUGCAACUGAACACGUUGGUGUUCAUCGAUAUUCAUUUAAUAAUACCAAUAAAAAGCAUCGAGUCAUACUUGUGGAUAGUAGUUAUACACUCCCGUUGAAAGUGUGCAAUCUGAGUCAUGUGAAUAUUGAUCCGAAAAAUAAUGAAAUAACUGGCUCCGUCUUUUUCAAAGGAGAUUUUUCCAGAAGUUUCGGUGGUUUGUCUACAUAUUUUACUAUUAAGUUUACUAAUUGGACAGAUUUUGGUGUUUGGACAAAUGGUAGUUUAGUACAUGAGCAGACAGCGGCCGAUGGGUGCUCAUCAGGAGCUUACAUAAUUUUACCUGCCGAUCAAGAACAGGUCACAGUUUAUGUCGGUAUGAGUUUUGUUUCAAUUGAACAAGCACGUACAAAUUUACAAAUGCAAACUCAACUUAAAUCGUUCGAUGCCAUUCGUGAAACGGUACAACAGAAAUGGCUCAAUGAAAUUGCUCGUUUCGAAGUUAGUGCUGAUUGGAAUCAUGAAGCCGUCAUCAAAUUCAAUAGUGCAAUUGUUCAUUCAUUGUCGAGUCCGACUCAAUGGGACGAGUCGAACGGUGUCUACUUAGGUUUCGAUGGCCAAAUUCAUACUAAGCCUGAUAGUAUGGAACAUUUCUAUACUGAUUUAUCAAUAUGGGAUGUUCACCGAACACAAAUACCCUUCAUUGUUUUCCAUGAUUCACAACGAGCCAAUGAUAUUAUUCGUUCGAUUAUGCUUAUUGUUGAACAAGGUGGUGAUUUACCGAAAUGGCCAUUCGCCAAUGGAUAUACAAAUUGUAUGAUUGGCUCACAUGCUGAUAUUUUAAUAAGUGACCUAAUUAUGAAGCAUGAGAAUAGUAGUUAUCUCAAUAUGACACAAGUAAUCGAAGCAUUAAGAAAAGUAGCCAAUCAGCAGCAAGCACAUGAUAGUCGUUUUAAUCCCGAUACAUAUAUAAAAUAUCAAUAUGUACCAUUUGAUAAUGAUUCUGGAUCGGCACCACUUACACUUAGCUACUCGUAUGAUGAUUGGGCUAUUGGCAAUGUUAUGCAUGCUGCAGGUCUUUUUGAUGAAGCACAAGAUUAUUAUAAUCGAUCUCAAUGGUUUGAACAUGUAUUUGAUAAUAAAACCAAAUUUUUCUGUGCUCGAUCCAGUGAGGGCGCUUUCUUUUGUCCAUCCAACGAAAUUGAAUUUCUCAAUCCGUGGGAUAAUCGUUAUGUUGAAGGUAAUGCAUGGCACUAUCGCUUUUUCGUACCACAUAAUACACCACGUCUAGUUGAAUUGUUUGGUGGCAAAGAAAUAUUUGCUCAAGAACUCGAUACUUUCUUCAUGCGUAGUCGGCUUUGGUCAACAACAGUAUUACCUAAUCCUUAUUAUUGGCCAGGAAAUGAACAUGAUUUAUUUUCUGUUUGGCAAUUUAAUUAUGCUAAUCGAUCUGAUCUUACCCAAAAGCACUCACGUUGGAUACUUGAUCAUGUUUAUACGAUAAAUCCUGAUGGAUUACCUGGCAACGAUGAUUAUGGAACACUUUCAGCAUGGUACAUUUUCGCAAGUAUGGGUUUCUAUCCUCUUGCUGGUUCAUCUGUUUAUCUACUUGGCAGUCCAGCUUUUGAUCGUAUUACAAUUCGUCGUAAUAAUGGUCAAUGCACAGUAACAAUUAUUGCGCAUAAUAAUUCAGCUGAAAAUAUUUACGUUCAACGUGUAUUACUCAACGGAAAACUUCUCUCUACUUUUCCAUUCAUUGAUCAUAUAGAACAUCUGAAAUGUACUACCCAAUCAUCAUCAAUUCAACUUGACUUUUUCAUGUCAUCAACACCAUCAUAA